AUGUUGUUCGUGAUUGCCGUCGAAUUCUUCUUGACAUGCAUUCGGUUUGCUUAUCAUAUUGUUAUUGCAAUCAUUUAUUCUAUACUGCCACGAAAAGCUAAAAAUGUAGAAGGUGAUAUCGUUUUAAUUACUGGUGCGGCCAAUGGAAUUGGAAAGAUCGUGGCCAAAAAAUUUGCUGACCUAAAUGCGACUCUCGUGUUAUGGGAUAUUGACAAAAAGGCCAACGAAAACGUUGCGCGAGAAAUCGAGGUCAUGGGCAAGCGGGCCUAUGCCUAUACUGUCGAUGUUACUCAAAAAGAAUCCGUUUAUAAGGUUGCCAACCGCGUCAAAAUGGAGGUUGGUGACGUUAACAUUCUCAUUAACAACGCUGGUAUUGUCAGCGGCAAGAAACUGCUAGACUGCGACGACGAUAUGAUAAUAAGAACAAUGGAAGUGAACAUGAUCUCACACUUUUGGACUGUGAAAGCUUUCCUACCCGCUAUGCUCGAAAAUAACGAAGGUCACAUUGUUACUAUUGCUUCCGCUGCUGGUUUAUUAGGUGUAAGCCAGUUAGUUGAUUACUCUGCCUCCAAACAUGGUGCAAUUGGAUUUGAUGAAUCUUUACGCCACGAAUUAACCGACAUGCAUAGUGGCAUAAAUACGACAGUUGUGUGUCCGUACUAUACAGAUACUGGAUUGUUCUACGGAUGCAAAUCAAGAUUUCCCAAGAUUUUACCGAUACUGGAGCCGGAGUACGUUGCUUCCUGCAUUGUUGAUGCAAUUUUACAAAAUCAGCACAUCCUUUUUGUUCCAAAGAUUCUCUCUAUCUUCAUUUUUCUGAAAACAAUUUUACCAACAAGUGCAUUUAUAGUCCUUGGUAAAUUUUUUGGAGGGUUUACGUUUAUGGAUAAUUUCCAAGGUCGUGCAAAGAAAAACUUCAAUAGAAAGUUCUGA